CUUGAAACAUUUAUUUCAGAUAAGAAUCAUGGCGGAAGCAUGCCCACCUUCCUUUGACUCUCAUUCAUUCAUAUCUAAAUGUCCGACAUCUCGAAACGGUUGGAAGGAAAGAGCCUUGCUAAAGAAUUGCUCUGCUUUCCCUCAGACAUGUAAAAGACCUUUAGAGUAUCAUUGUUUAUUAAAUGCAUACAGAAAUAGGAGCGUAGAGGUUUGUGCACCGAAGACGAGACUUGUCCAGCAAUAUUGUCCAUCAUACAGCCUUAACGCACAACGUAUUACUGACCAAUACAACUGCAGCACACUAUUUCCAGACUGUCCAAAGCAUCAGUAUUACUCGACAGAUGUCGUUAACUAUACAGGAUGCUUGCAGGAGCUUUCCAGAGCAAAUACUACAGCAACAUCCAGUCAAUCAUUUGAAAGUAACCAGGACCUAUAUUUUCUCUUUUUCUUGCUAUUCCUCCCGCUUGCAGCGCUGAUUGGAAUAUAUAUUUGGUGGAAGAAAAGAACAGCCGCAAAAUGUAAACUAGGAAGCAGAAAUCGCUUGAUAAAAAGUAAGGAGGAUAAAUUUAGUGGAUGCUGUAUUGAAAUCAGAAGAUUUCUGACCCAACAUCGGGACAACCAAAAUGAUGAACAAAAAGGUGUGGUCGAUUUAUCAGCCCAUGAGACAGAAAAUACCACGGAAACACGAGAUGAUUAUGAUGGCGAAAACACAGAGUGUAUUAUUCCAUUCAUACAAUUACCCAAUUCGGUAGCUAAACCAUUUCAAAAUGAUUCUGAAUUAGUAGAAGAACUACCUCAGUUUGAAGAAGCAGUGAAUGAAGAAGAUGGAAGACAUGCGUGUAAUGGUGAAAUUGAUGAUGUCCAUUGCAAAGAUGAUAAAAACCCAGUGAAACCUAAUCCAAAAAAUAUGGCAGAAAAUAUCAAAGAUCCUAUUCAUAAGCAAAAUAUUUAUGAAAAAGAAGACGUAGAACUAUCUGAAAAGGAGCAGAAAAACAGAAAAGAGUUUGGAAAAUCAUCUUGCAUCGGUGAAGAGGAAAUCACAGUUGCGGAGAAUCAUUGUGGAAUGUUAACAGGGGAUUCUGUUGAGGAUGAUGUUCUAAUGAGUGACGUGGUCCAUGGAAACCAGCUCGCCGUACAGCCUCCAACAAUGGUAGAAAAUGAUGAGCAACAUAUUAUGGACCAUUUCCAGAAGAACACAGGGUCAUUCAGCAUUAGUGAUACCCCCUGUUCACAGAAUGACAAGACUAAAACUAAAGAUUGUGAAGAAGAUCAAAGAAAAUCUAAUGAAGGUAAAGUGCUUUCAUCUCCAGAUUGUUUAGAAAAGGAGAGUAGGCAAAUCUCAGAAACUGAUACCGAUAAAACUGUAAUGGACCUUAAGGAAGAAAUUGGAAAUCUUUCAAAUUCAUUUUCAACGGCCUUCCCGGAUCAUGACAAACUUCACAAAAAAACUAUUAACACAGCAACAUCAACUGAAACUUGCGAAGGUCGCGAAUCAACUGUAAACGAUGAAAAUCAGCUUCAAAACACACUGAAGGAAGUGUUACCCAGUGUCAUAGAAGAAGUCAUCGCAAAAUUAGGCAGCAAAUUUAGUGAAGGAAAAGAAUUUCAGUGUAUACUAGAGGAUCAAUCAUGGACACCAGCCCAGAGAAAAGAAAUCAGGAAUAUUCGAGAGAGAAUAAAGAAAAUAGAGAAGUCACAGAAUGAAAUAUGUGAACUAAGAAAACAAAUCUUAACCUUACAAACUGAAAAGAAAUCUUUGGAAGAAACGAUGGACGGCAUACAAAAGAGAUUACAUGAAAUACAAUCAGAAAAAGGCGACGAAAUUCACAAACUUAAGACUGAACUCAAGAAAACAAAGAAUUUGUUGAGAAAAAAAGAAGAAGAACUUAUAAAAAUGAAGCAUGAAAUGCAGGAAAAAGAUGUGGAAAAUGCACAUCUUAGAGAGGAAUUGAGAAAAAUCAAAGAAGUGGAAACUGACCCAGACUCUGUAAAUAAGAAAAGGUUCACUUAAAACGAUCAUAAGUAUCUUCUCUUUCAAAACAAUCUACAUGGUAUCGGAAAGUAGACCAAUUCUUUGGGAGAGACAGUAAUUUCUUGAGACAUGUUUGUUCUGUUUAUGUAGUGAAUUACAUUCAUUUAAAAAAACAUUUAGCUCAUAUGACUUUCUUCUUUAAAUCUUUUUAACUUCAUAUUAUUAGGGUUGGAUGUACAAUUCAUCUGGAGUAGGAAUUAGAUAUCCUAUUAAAUUAUGAUAACGUUCCUAAAUGCCUCAUCAAUGUACAUGUACUUUUAUUUCAUAUCAAAAUGGUCCCAAAGACAGUGGUUCAAUUUGGGGAUUUUAGUUAUGUUUUUUGACAAAGUGAGAUCGAACAUACUGCAUGAGAUGUAUAUUAACAUGGAACUGAAUUUAUUUUGUUUUAAACAGAUACUAGUAAUUGUCCAAGUGCAGUAUA